CAAUAUCAACAAAUUAUCUAUGAUUGGAAUGAUACUGAUAAAGAUUAUCCAAGUGAUAAAACCAUUCAUCAGUUAUUCGAAGAACAAGUAGGGAAGACUCCUGACGAUGUAGCUGUAAUAUAUGAAGAAACUAAAUCAACAUACAAAGAACUAAAUGAAAAAGCCAACCGAUUGGCAAACUACCUAAGACAAAUAUCUGAUAUCAAAGCAAGUACAUUAGUAGCACUAUGUCUAGAUAGAAGUGAAUAUAUGUUGGUAGCUAUUCUUGCUGUACUAAAAGCUGGUGGAGCAUAUGUACCAAUAGAUCCUAGUUAUCCCGAUGAUAGAAUUCAUUAUAUCUUAACAGAUACUAACACUAAACUAUUACUAACUAAUGAGAUAUAUGGCAAAAAGUUGAGUCAAGUAAAUACUUUAAGCAUAAUACCAUUAGAUAAUGCGAUAUUACAGCAGCAAUUAUUAUUACAAUCUACAGUUAAUCUUGAGAUAGUAACUAAUAGUACUGACCUGAUGUAUGUAAUAUACACUUCGGGAACAACUGGUAAUCCAAAAGGAGUAAUGAUUGAACAUAGAAGUAUAGUAAAUAGGAUCCAAUGGAUGAAUAAUGUAUAUCCUCUGAAUAGAUCAGAUAAAAUCCUACAAAAGACACCCUAUGUUUUUGAUGUAUCGGUUUGGGAAUUAUUAUGGGCCAAUUGUUAUGGUACAUGUGUAGUAUUUGCAGAACCAAAUGGGCAUAAAGAUACUCAGUAUAUUAGAGAGUUAGUAGCUAAAGAGUCUAUAACUAUAGUUCAUUUUGUUCCAUCAAUGUUAAGUACAUUGCUAGAAAUACUAGAAUCAAAAGGACUGAGCUCUGGUAUUAUGUCAAAGCUACGAUACGUUUUCUGUAGUGGAGAAGCACUAAGUUUAAAACAGGUAAAAAAGUUUCAGGAAUUAUUGCCAAAUGUAGAAAUACAUAAUUUAUAUGGUCCUACAGAAGCCUCUGUUGAUGUACUAAGCUAUGAUUGUAAUAAUAAAAACAUACAAACUGUUCUUAUAGGUAAAGCAAUUCAAAAUACUACAUUAUAUGUACUAGAUGAUAAUUUAAAUCCUGUACCAAUAAGUGCAGUAGGAGAAUUAUACAUAGGAGGAGUAGGACUCGCUAGAGGAUAUUUAAACAGAGCAGACCUUACAGCAGAGAAAUUUAUUGCUAACCCGUUUCAAACAGAAGAAGAGAAAAUUUAUAAUAAGAAUACUCGUCUAUAUAAAACAGGGGAUUUAGUACGUUGGUUACCUGAUGGUAAUUUGGAAUAUAUAGGACGUAAUGAUUUUCAAGUAAAGAUCAGAGGAUAUCGAAUAGAAUUAGGAGAAAUAGAAAAUGCUUUAUCAAGUUAUGAUGGGAUAAAACAAAAUGUUGUAAUUGCUAAAGAACAUAAAAACGUAGAAGAAGGUAAUAAGUAUUUAGUAGGUUAUUAUGUAUCAGAAUCUAAAUUAAAUGAAGAAAAUAUUAUAAGUUACCUGCAAAAGAAACUACCAGAAUAUAUGAUGCCAUCUGUGCUGGUACAUUUAAAGGAAUUACCAUUAACAAUCAAUGGUAAGUUAGAUAGAAAAGCACUACCUGAGCCUGAAUUUAGUAGUGGGGAUCAUUAUGUAGCUCCACGCAGUGAAGUAGAAAAGCAAGUAUGUGAGAUUUGGGCCAAUGUACUAGGUUUAGCUAUAGACGUUGGGAUUCAUGAUGAUUUCUUUAGUACUGAAGAUAAAGUAAUAAUAAAUAAAACUGUUAUUACUAACGUAGAAGAACAAUUACUGUCCUUUGCUCAAGAGAGAUUAUGGUUUAUUGAAAAGUAUGAAGAAGGAACUAAUGCUUAUAACAUACCAAUGAUAUUUAAAUUAUCCAAUGAUAUUAAAUUAGAUAUAUUAGAAAAAAGUAUCGGAAGUGUAGUUGCUAGACAUGAAAUAUUAAGAACCUUGAUUAAAGAAAAUAAUGAAGAAGAGUUAGGCGAUAAACAAUAUCAACAAAUUAUCUAUGAUUGGAAUGAUACUAAUAUAGAUUACCUAAAUGAUAAAACCAUCCAUCAAUUAUUUGAGGAGCAAGUAGAAGGAACUCCUGACAAUAUAGCUGUAAUAUAUGAAGAAACUAAGCUAACAUACAGAGAAUUAAAUGAAAGAGCAAACCAACUAGCAAACUAUCUAAAACAAAUACAUGAUAUUAAACUUGAUACAUUGGUAGUACUAUGUUUAGGUAGAAGUGAAUAUAUGUUAAUUACUAUUCUUGCUGUGUUAAAAGCUGGUGGAGCAUAUGUACCAAUAGACCCUAGUUAUCCUAAUGAUAGAGUGAAAUAUAUAUUAGCAGAUACUGGUACUAAGCUGAUAUUAACUAAUGAAGUACAUAAGUCAAGGUUGGAAGAAAUAAGUAAGCAACAGAUAGAGAUACUAGCAGUAGACUCUGGCAAGAUGCAGAAACAGCUGUCAUUACAAUUAGUAAAUAAUCCAAAUGCAAAAGUUAAGAGUACAGAUUUAGCCUAUGUAAUUUAUACUUCAGGAACAACUGGUAACCCUAAAGGAGUAAUGACUGAGCAUAUAGGAGUGAUAAAUUUAAAAUAUGAUAUGACUAAUAAGUUAAGAGUCAUGGAUAAUGAAGUCAUUUUGUUAUUUGCUAAUUAUGUGUUUGAUACUUCAGUAGAACAAAUAAUAUUAUCACUGUUGAAUGGUCAUGUGUUAUUACUAAUUCCUAAUCAACUUUGGUUAGAUAAAGAAGUAUUUUACCAUUAUUUGAGUACAAACAAUGUUACACACAUGGAAAUUAGUCCUAAAUUUUUAGAACAAUGUGACUUAAGUAAAAUUUCAAGUUUAAGAAGAGUAAUAGCUGGUGGUGAAGCUUUAACUGAUAAUUCCUAUAGUAAAAUUAUAUCAAAUAGUAGUUGUGAGAUAAUCAAUUCAUAUGGGCCUACAGAAGUUUCGAUAACUUCUAUAAUUAAUAUUAUUGGAAAUAAUAAUAUAGCAAUAGGAAAGCCAAUUGCAAAUAUUAGCUGCUAUGUUUUAGAUAAUAACUUAAUGCCAUUACCGAUAGGAGGAAUAGGAGAACUAUACAUAGGAGGAGUUGGAUUAGCUAGAGGGUAUUUGAACAGACCAGACCUUACUGCAGAAAAAUUUAUUGCUAACCCAUUUCAAACAGAAGAAGAGAAAAUUUAUAAUAAGAAUACCCGUCUAUAUAAAACAGGAGAUUUAGUACGUUGGUUACCUAAGUUACGUGAUCUAUAUAGCGACGAAAAUUUUAACUUAACAAUAUGGGAUGAAUAUGGACCAACUGAGGCUACAGUUGGUACAUGUAAUAGCAAGAUAUGUUUAGAUAAAGACUUAACAAUAGGUAAACCAUAUUCUAACUAUAGAAUUCUUGUUUUAGAUAAUAACUUAAUGCCAUUACCGAUAGGAGGGAUAGGAGAAUUAUACAUAGGAGGAGUAGGAUUAGCUAGAGGAUAUUUAAACAGACCAGACCUUACUGCAGAAAAAUUUAUUGCUAACCCAUUUCAAACAGAAGAAGAGAAAAUUUAUAAUAAGAAUACCCGUCUAUAUAAAACAGGAGAUUUAGUACGUUGGUUACCUGAUGGCAAUUUAGAAUAUAUAGGACGUAAUGAUUUU